UGCAAGAACCGGGCGUGACUCGGAAAUCCCUCCCAGCCACCUCCGGCGCAAGUGGCCGCUGAUAAUCAUGGCGCCCCUCAGAACCACUAUGUCGCUGUGGAACCUCCUGAGGGGUUCUCCAGGCGUGAAAAGGGUCUGUUUCCGGGCUCGAAUCCAGCCCUGGCACGGUGGCCUGCUCCAACCGCUACCUUGCUCUUUCGAGGUGGGGCUGCCACGCUGCCGGUUCAGCUCCGAGGCCGCAGAAUCUGGUAGCCCAGAGACCAAGAAACCUACAUUUAUGGAUGAGGAAGUUCAAAGCAUACUCACGAAAAUGACAGGCUUGAACUUGCAGAAGACUUUUAAACCAGCUGUACAAGAACUGAAGCCACCAACCUAUAAGCUAAUGACUCAGGCACAGUUGGAAGAGGCUACAAGACAGGCAGUUGAGGCAGCUAAAGUACGAUUAAAAAUGCCACCGGUUCUGGAAGAGCGAGUACCAAUAAAUGAUGUGUUAGCUGAAGAUACGAUUUUGGAAGGAACAGAAACAACCAAAUAUGUGUUUACUGAUAUAUCAUAUAGCAUACCACAUCGGGAGCGUUUUAUUGUCGUUAGAGAACCAAGUGGCACACUACGCAAAGCCUCUUGGGAAGAACGGGACCGGAUGAUACAAAUUUAUUUCCCAAAAGAAGGUCGUAAAGUUUUGACACCAAUAAUUUUCAAGGAAGAAAAUCUUAGGACUAUGUAUAGUCAGGACAGGCAUGUUGAUGUCCUCAAUCUCUGCUUUGCCCAGUUUGAGCCAGAUUCCGCUGAGUAUAUCAAGGUUCAUCACAAGACCUAUGAAGAUAUAGAUAAACAUGGAAAAUAUGACCUUUUACGUUCAACAAGAUACUUUGGUGGAAUGGUGUGGUAUUUUGUAAAUAAUAAAAAGAUUGAUGGUUUGCUGAUUGACCAGAUUCAGAGAGAUUUAAUCGAUGAUGCAACCAGCUUGGUCCAGCUGUAUCACAUACUCCAUCCAGACGGCCAGUCGGCUCAAGAGGCCAAGGAUCAGGCUGCUGAGGGAAUAAAUUUAAUCAAGGUCUUUGCAAAAACAGAAGCACAGAAGGGAGCCUAUAUAGAACUAACACUGCAAACUUAUCAAGAAGCACUCAGUCGCCAUUCUGCAGCUUCCUAAAAAUAUUUUAAAAAUACAUUUAUUUUACUAAAUACUGACUACAUUUCUCUGUUAAUAUUGAGCUAAACGUUAAAAAAUGGCCAGAUUAAAAGGUAUCAAUUUGUAGUUCUCCCUA